UGUCAUGACAACAACCGAUGCUGGCUAGAUAAGCCCGAGGUGAGACUCAGAGCAGUAGAGCAGAGAGAUUCUCCUUCAGUGAAGGCAGCUGUCAGCUUUGUGUUGCUCUGCAAACAAAAGCUCUCUAUCACCAUGACAACAGAGUGUGUGUGGUCACCUGAAGCACCAGAUGACAGACUGGACAACAGCGAUCAGCUCUGCAAGCACUUAGAUGAUCUUUCAAACCUCUCAGAGCAGUUAAUAAAAACCUGUGAAGUAAAUGAAGAGAGUGAGAAAGAAAAGGCUACAGAUGAGUCAAAGGAUGGUGAGGCUGAGCAGAAGAAGCCAAGGAGAAAGGAUACUCCUGUACAGUAUGUACCUCCUCUCAUCCCAGGUGUAAAAUUAAUGAAAAAGGAGAAGCGGGCAGUGUUUGCAGAAGAUGAUGAAAAGGACUGAGAAAAAUUAAGUAAUUAACCAUUCCACAGUAACAAAGAGUCAUUGGGGUUCCCUUGUGCUGAUAUCCUUAUGUGUGUUUGUUUUCUUUUCCUGCAUUACUAAAUAUUGUUCAUAUAAAUCGUGAUAAACUUUGUUGAAUUCAAUUAGAAAAUUAUCUGUCAUUGGCAUAGUCAGCUCAAGAUUACUGUUACAUUACCAUUUCCUGUACUAAUCAUUAGAUUAAAGAAGACUCUGUAAA